GCAAUGAGUGUAUUGGUGAAGGAGAAAACUGAGAUGCAACAUCAGUUGAGAGAGGCACAUGAGACGGGUGAGCUGCGCGAACGGCACAUUCAGUCAAUUCAGAGUGAAUUGGCAGAUAGGAAUGGACGUUUGAUGAGGGCAGAGGCAGAGAUGGGUGCGGCGAGACACGAAAUCGAAAAAUUAAAUGCGAUGGUGCGGAGAGAAGGGGACGAACUGGAGCGAUGUAGAAGGGAGUGUAGCGAGUGGCAGGCGAAAGCGUGGCACAUUCAGCAGGAUAGCAACGAUGCACAGGUGCGUUUGGAAUUAUUUAUAGCCUGGAAUUAA